AUGGAGUUACUCGACAAGACAAUCAAAAUCAAACUUGAGGCAUUUAUGGAUGAUAUCAAUAAAAUUUUAUCGGAUACUAUAAUACAAGGAUUUGAUGCUAUUGAAGCUCUUAUCAAUAUUGACAGUUUUUUGGAAGCGGAGCAAGGUAUGAAAAAUCUCAGUCGUGUACAGCGUGAAUUAGCAGCUUAUUGUACAUCGACUGCUUUGAUCGAAAAAAGUAAAGAGCUUAGAGAAAGAUUGGAUGGUAUAGUUAAUGAGAUCUUACAACGUGACUUUGAAGACAUUAAUACAUAUUCCAUGAAUUCACCAAAAGAUCUUAUCACAAAAUUAAGGAUAAUUGCAUUACGUGGUAAUGCUAGAUUUAAUCAAGUCUACAAUAUUAUGUUGGGAAAAAUCAGGCAAAAUUUUAGUACAGCUAUAGAACAAGUACGUGCUGCAGCGUUGGAGGAACGUGUCAAUAAGGAGAUCGAUUCCAAAUUAAAAGAUAUUUUACCGUUCAAAGUGGAUAUUGAUAAGUUAGAAGAAGAGCUGAAAAAGAAGAUCCAAAAACUUGGUGCUCAACUACUUGCGAUCGCAUCAAAAAGCGAGUUGUCUUCACGAGACUCCGAUCAAUUUCGUAUGUUUUACAACCAUCUAGCAUCAUUGGAUAAAUAUACAGCUAGGAUAGGGUUCGAUGCUCGACAAUUUUUAGAUGCAUCAGAGGAGAAAAUUUUUGAUCAAGUAAUGUCCUUAAGCAAAGAGAUAAGAUCUUCAAGUUCGGAUGUUCCAAAAGUCGCUAAGUUGUUAACUAAAAUGAAAUUUUUUGCUGAAAAUUUAUCGAUGUUCGAUAAUAAAAUCAAUGAAGAGAUCGACGAGAUACUUAAAAUUUACAAACAACAAGAAGGUCCGGCAGUACUUAUGCAAUUGACUAUGAUAUUAGAAAAAACAGAUAUCGGUGCGCGAUUAAUAUCCGAGCAUUCUUCUUUAAGUGGAGAAGAUUGGCGAAGACGACGUGAAAAAAUGCAAAAUCAGGAUAAUUUGGAGUAUGUUCUGAAAGAAUUAGCCGGCGACGAUAUUACAACAGAUGUUUUAGCUACAUGUUAUCAAACUUUUAGGGCAACGUAUGACGAUUUAAUAUCUCGAAUUUUAGGAGUAUUUGAUCAGAAAAAAGAUAACGAACCUGAUUUAGAAGUAUUAAUCAAUCAAACUAAAGCUCUUGUGGCAACAGUAACUAAAAAACCGAAUACUAUUAUUUGGGAUCACUCUUUCAAAGAUAAGAUUCCUGAAUUAUUGGCGCAUAUUUUCGCUGUCUGGACUUUGAAAAACACGCAACAUUAUAAUGCAUUGCGCGGUAUUGAAUCUGCACGCGCAUAUUUGCUAAUGCCUCAUGUUGCACAAGUUCUUGCCAUUUUCCGUAUUCUUGGUAUUGGCUACAAUAAAUACACAAAAAUCAAAGGAUCUAAUAAAUCUUUAGCAGAGAAAAUCUCUGAUGAUUUGAUUAAUAAUCUAGUAGAGAUAGGAACAGGUGAAGGCAAAUCAGUUGUAAUGGCAGUAACAGCGUGCGUUUUCGCUCUCUUAGGAGUGGAUGUCAAUUGUUCAUGUUAUAGUGAAGUAUUAAGUGCACGAGAUAAGAAAGAUUUUGCUUCAGUUUUUCGUGCUCUCGGAGUAGAAGAACGUAUUGAAUAUGCGAUGAUUGGUAGAAUUACACUGUUAACUCGAACAUUCGGACGAGGUACUGAUUUUAUCUGUCGUAAUCAACAACUCUUACUUAAUGGAGGUAUGCAUGUACUUCAAACAUUUUUCUCUGAAGAAUUAUCUGAAGAAUACCAAAUUAUAGGUAGAGGUGCACGACAAGGAGAUUAUGGCUCAUACAGAAUGAUUUUGCUAGAUAAAGAUUUAGAAUGGGUUCUCGGUCCUAAUUGGAAGACAGAGCUACCAAAAAUAUUAGGCACUACUCUUUAUGCAGCUUUGAAUAAGGCUCGCAAUGCAAUUUAUGAAAGUAAAUGUGCUGCGAAAGAACUUGGUAUAGAGCAAUGCAAGCAUGAACAUAAUGCUUCUAAAGAAUUUAUGACUGCAUUAUCCGAAGGUAACAUGAAGACUGUAAAGAAUUUUUUGUUGGAACAAAAUCGGGGAGCAAGUUCAGUUCCGAAAACUUCACGUACGGUUUUAUUAAUGGAUGCAACAGGCUCUAUGUCGAAUUUGUUAUCUGCUACGAAAGAAACGGUGUGUACAAUGUUUGAGCGAGCUUCUGACAUCUUAAAAGAAAAAAUGCUUCCUAGUGAUGCAUUUCAAAUGCAAAUUGCUAUAUAUCGAAACUAUAAUUCUAAAGCGAAUAAAAUUUUGCAAACUUCUUCGUGGGAGACAAAAGCUAGUAAUUUAAGAGCAUUUAUGAACACAAUCCACCCUGAAGGUGGAUGGGGGAACGAAGCCAUUGAAAUAGGUUUAUGGCACGCAGUUAAAGAAAGCGAAAUGCAAAACUCAAUCUCUCAAGUAAUAUUAAUAGGAGAUGCUCCAGCGAAUACACAAAAAGAGGUCAGUCAGAAAAGAGGAAGUUUUGGUGAAGCAUAUUGGGAAAAAACUAGAUUUAGUAAGCCAACAUAUUAUCAGUAUGAAUUACAAAAGUUAAAAGAGAACAGCAUUCCUGUGCAUGCGUUCUAUCUUACUGAUUAUGCAAAGGGUGAUUUCCGAAAAAUUGCGAGAGAGACGCAAGGACGCUGUGAACAUUUAGAUAUUUAUUCUUCGGAUGGUGCUGAGUCACUGACCGAUUUUGUAACAGAAGAAAUUUUAAGGAGUGCUGCUGGUGAUCAAGGAGAUGCUGCAGUAGAACUAUAUAAAAUGAAAUAUGAGAGAAAAACUUAUGCGUUUUGA